AUGCGCACCUGCACGGGGCACGGGGGUCUCGUCGACUGUGACAGGGAGCGACACGACCGCGAAGGCGGCCUCGAUCUAACAGCGGCAGCACCCCCGGGCCCCGACGUCCAUGACGGACGUGGAGGCCAAGGUCGAGGGACGGGAAUAGCGAGCACCUCCAGCGCCGACCAAGAGACGGCGCCGCCGAUCUCCCCCCGCCGUGCGUGUACGCCGGUCCUUACCUCAAGGAUCGUGACAUUUGGUACCAGAGCCAUCGAUCGAGGAAGUAUGGCCCGACCCGGAUCUACACUGUCCGUCGCCACCAUCGUCGAGCUCGAGGCGAAGAUGGAUCGCAUGCUGCGGAUGAUGGAGGAAGUGAACGCGGGGAUGUGUAGCACCCUCAAGACCCUCGCAUCUGCGACACGGUCGUCCGCGCCCUCGACUCCGACUGCUGCGCCGGCAGUUGCGACACCACCAUCCACCCCAGCAUUAACUGCAGCGCCUACACCCAUCGCCGCCACAACACCCAGUGCCAUUGAUGAGUGCGUGGUCACGCCCACCGCUUGCAACAAGCAUGUUGUGGCGUCGCACAUCAUGAUAGGUGCGCCACAGUUCUCUCCGACCACCACCACGCCGCCCGAUGUCAUCGACAACUGCUCGGUCUUGUUCUCCGCCUGCAGCGAGCACGCCGCGGCAUCAUCUACCUCACCGGCUUACAUGGCUCCUACCACUUCACCGACCGAGCCCACCGCUGCACCGACCUCCAGGCCGACACCAACUGCUCUGACUAUAGCUUCGACUCCCAUCCCCAAACUAAACUUGCCAGGUGCAGAGGACAACCCUACCGUCGCCCUGUCGACCAGGUGUUCGACGGAUCGCUUCUGCCGCGACACCAACAUGCUUAUGCCUGGGAGCAGCGACACCACCAUCGUUUGCACUACUCGCUCGAAGGGUAUUUCUAUGUUCGGGAUUUGCUCCAAUGUUCCUGAGGUCCUUGAGGUGAUUGAGAAAGUGACUGGGCAAACUUCAGAGAUUGAGUUGAAACCAUGGCCUAAUUGGCACGGACAUCAGGGCAGUCUCAUAGUGGCACUUGUCUGUCCACAUUCAAGCAUAGUGAUAUGGGUUCAGUUUAGCUGCGCAGUGCAUAAGCUCCUAGUCUGGCCUCUCCAUUGCGAGUCAUGGUGGGAAUGCUGUGCAGAUUGUCUUCAGUUACUUGUAAGCGCAGGGCAAGUUGAUUCUAUCAAAAUGGAGGCCAUUGGGUUGAUUCAAUUGCAUAUUGCUAUUCCAGUCACAGAGUUGUACUGUCUGUUAUUCACCUGCUACCAUCAGCCAGUGCAUUGGAAGCCCCCAUGGUUAUCUCUGGUAUACAUCAUCAGUAACAUACCCUAUAUUGCCUACAGCCUCAGGAUCAGGACACCUCCUCUGAAAAACAUAAACUCUUUGCUCACAGACACCUGCGUGUUGUGCUCACAGUCAUGGCAACCCUUUAGCAAUGGUCAGCUAGAUGUGCUAUUGCGGCAGCCAUGGCCACCACCUCUGCUGUUUGACCUGAUGGGUUCUGAUGGUCCACUCAAGCCAACACCAUGGCCAUCUUUCUGUGAGUCUGCAGCUGCUCUGCAUUUGCAAAAUUCAUCAGCAUUGGUGCUUGCUAUUUCCUUAACAGCAGUACAAACAUCAUCAGUGUGGCAAGAAGUGAGUGGUAAGGCUCUGGACUUCAUAAAUCUAUUGCCAACCUUGUGCUCCCACACUGGCCAAGGUUUAUAUCAACUGAAAAUUGUGAUAUCAUAUAAGCACAGUCAUGAGCUGCUAUUCAGUCUCAGUCAGUAUGCUUCUCUAUUGCUACAUUCUAGUCAGUGGUGCUUUGGUCAGUUAUGGAAGCCACCAUGGCCAUGUCAAGUUCCGAGAUGGCAGCAAAAGUGUGAUGGUACUAUAAAAUGGAAUGAUUUCCUUCUCUUGGAUGGGGAUCUAAUUAUUACUUGGAGCACAACUGAAGAGAGGAGGGCUGCCAACUUUUUUCAACAGCAUGAUGAGGUUGGGGACUCAAGCGGGCUUCUUGUUUCUGGUAUCUUUAGUGCUAACAAAAUAUCUGGUAUUGACAAGGUCACAACCAUCGCACAGAAAGAGGGUCUGAAGACUGCACUGCUCGAUCAUUUCCUAGCACCUGUGGCUCAAUUACUGAAGGCAGAAGGCAUCGGAAUGGGAAAUGAUGGCCAUGAGAAGUUCAGACACAGGCAAUUCAAGGAGAUGUUCUUCCUUUGGGGGCAUAAGGGAUCACGAGGUGCUGGUGCCAAGUCAGGGCAUAUCAUAGAUGUUUAUAUUAAGCUGCUGAAAGCCCAUGAGGGUUUGAUAAAGAGGCCGGGAGGUAUAGUCUAUCUUGAAAGUGCGUGUAUAACUGCACUCAUAACGUGGAUGGAGAAAAUGAUGAGACCAUUGAAGCCAAUUAUCCUAACCGUGGUACUUCCCAGCGUCCUGGGUUAG